AUGUUCCUCGCUGGAUUGCUGCUUGCUGGAGGGCUUCUGCAGCUGACUUCGGCACAAAAUGUCGUCGACCUCAGCGGAACGGGAUGGACUUUGACAAAUACACAGGGGAAUGUUACAGUGCCAGGUUCUUUUCCGUCGCUUGUACAUUUGGAUUUGCAUGCCGCGGGAGUGAUCCCGGAUCCGUACAAUGAUACGAACGAGAUUGACCUUCGCUGGGUAGCUUGGUCGAACUGGACGUACACCAGCAAGCCUAUCAGGGGGCUACUAAAUCAUUCGGAAAGUAGUUGGCUUGUAUUCGACGGUUUGGACACCUUCGCGACAGUUCAAUUGUGUGAUCAAGUUGUCGGAACGGCGAACAAUCAAUUCCGCCAAUGGCAAUUCGACAUCACAGAGGCUUUGCAGGCAUGCAUAAACGACCCCGUAGUUAUUAUCAACUUUUCCAGUGCUCCAGCUACCGCAAAUUCGAUAGCCAGCGAGCCUGGCCAAGAAACAUGGCCUGAUGGUGUUCAGGGACUAUUCGAGUUUGAUAACCGAUGGUUUAUUCGUAAGGAACAAUCCGACUUUGGCUGGGACUGGGGCCCUGCUUUUGCCCCAGCCGGACCUUGGCAGCCGGCAUACUUGGUGCAAUUUAAACCGAAAGAUGGCGUUUAUGUGCUCAAUACCGACAUUGAUAUUCAUCGUGAAGGACAAAUCAAUCACUUGCAAGCCGAUCAGACCAAGCCGUGGGUGGUCAACGCAAGCAUUGACUAUUUAGGAACCCUUCCCAAGGGCUCAUCCUUGACCAUGGACAUCAAAGAUUCACAAAAUAAGUCAAUCAUUGCGUCGGGGUCGCUAAGUGGUAUCACCGCCAACGGAAAUACUAUUACAGGAAUCACCACUGUCGAUGCGGAUGCCCCUAAGAUAUGGUGGCCCACGGGCUUAGGGGAGCAGAACCUCUACUAUAUCACAGUGAAUAUUGUCGACAUCAACAACAAGACCUUAGCAACGGUUACCAAAAGAUCCGGUUUCCGCACAAUAAUACUCAAUCAAACCAACAUCACUGAUGCCCAACUAGCACAGGGAAUCGCACCCGGUGCGAACUGGCAUUUUGAGGUCAAUGGCCAUGAAUUCUACGCGAAGGGUUCGAAUUUUAUCCCACCAGAUGCAUUUUGGCCACGUGUCACUGAAGAUCGCAUGAACAAAUUAUUUGAUUCUAUUGUUAAUGGAAACCAGAACAUGCUGAGAGUCUGGUCUUCAGGAGCCUAUCUCCCAGACUUCAUUUAUGACAUCGCGGAUGAACGUGGUGUGCUUCUGUGGAGCGAGUUCGAAUUCAGUGAUGCUCUCUAUCCAGUGAAUAAAGAUUUCCUGGACAAUGUGGCUGCUGAAAUUACGUACCAAGUUCGCCGACUAAACCAUCACCCAUCGCUGGCACUUUGGGCCGGCGGAAACGAGCUGGAAAGCUUGGAGCUGCCACUAGCCGCCGAAAGCGACCCGGAUGGCUAUGCUAAAUAUGUUGGUGAGUAUGAAAAGCUAUUCAUCAGCUUGAUACUGCCGAUAGUGUAUGAAAACAGCCGUUCAAUCAGUUACACUCCCACAUCAACCGGGAAUGGAUACACCAAAAUUGACUUUUCUCUUCCUGUCCCCAUGGUGGAGCGCUAUCUUAACAUAACUUCCGGUAGCUACUAUGGCGAUAGUGACUACUACAAUUACGAUAGCAGCCAGGCCUUUAACCUGAGCAAUUACCCCGUGAAUCGAUUUGCCAAUGAGUUUGGCUUUCACAGCAUGCCCAGUGUUCAGACCUGGCAACAGGCCGUGGCUGAUGAAAACCUGCAAUUCAACAAUAACGUUAUAUUGCUUCGGAACCAUCAUUACCCACCAGGUGGUCUAUCAACAAACACCACAAACAGCGCGAAAGGUAUGGGCGAGAUGACUACUGCAGUAGAACGGUACUACCCAAUACCGUCGCGGCCAGAUAGCGUUGCGAACUUUAGUGUCUGGUGUCUCGCCACCCAGCGCUUUCAAGCCGACAUGUACAAGUCCGAAAUUCAAUUCUACCGGCGUGGAAGUGGACGUCCUGAGCGUCAGCUCGGGUCGCUGUAUUGGCAAUUGGAGGAUAUCUGGCAGGCACCAUCAUGGGCAGGGAUUGAAUACGAUGGCCGCUGGAAGGUGCUGCACUAUGUCGCCAGGGACAUCUACAAACCCGUUAUCGUUGCCCCGUACUGGAACUCCUCGACCGGCGAUUUGAAUGUCACCGUGAUAUCCGACUUAUGGGAGUCCAUCUCAGGAACGGUGAAUCUGACAUGGUACAACCUGAAAGGCGAGCUACUAAGCAACAAUGCAAAGACACCUUCUUCCGUCCCAUUCCAUGUUGGACCACUCAAUAUCACCGACAUAAUCAGUACCAACAUCAAAGACCUCUCCAUCCCAGAUCUGAAAGAUGCCAUCCUUGUGCUUUCCCUAGAGGCUUCCGGCCAUCUACCAAACAAUGACACCGAAGUCCAAUUUACACACGAGAACUUUUUCACCCCAGUCUAUCUGAAUGAAGCAAAGCUUGUUAACCCAGUCCUCAAAUCCAGCUAUGACAAUACAAAUAAGAAAUAUGUCCUCGAGGCGACCAAGGGUGUCGCACUGUAUACCUGGCUUGAUUACCCUGCCGGGUUCGCUGGUUACUUUGAUGAGAAUUCUUUCUUGCUUAUACCUGGGAAACCGAAAGCGAUUGGUUUUACGGAGAUGGAUGGGAAAUCCGUGGAGGGUGUUUCGGUGCAGACCCUUUGGGAUCAAUCUUACCAUGAAUAA